UGGCGGCCGUUAGUGGCGGUUGGCGGCCGUUGGCGUUCGGCGGGGCUCGCGAUGCUGCCGUUGCUGCUCCUGUGCGCGGCGGCGCUGCCGCUGGCGGCCCGCGGGACCAUCCCGGCGCCCGAGGAGGCGGCGCGCAUGGCGCGCUUCGUGCUGCACACCUGCGACUGGGGCGCGCUGGCCACCCUCUCCACGCAGGAGGGGCUGCGCGGCCGCCCCUUCGCCAACAUCUUCUCCCUCAGCGACGGCCCCCCCGGGCCGCACGGCGGCAGCGGCGUCCCUUACCUCUACCUCACCGACCUGGAGAUCUCCGUGCAGGACCUGGAGAUCAAUUCGAAUGCCUCCUUAACUGUGUCUUUGGCACAGACUCCGUACUGCAGGAAGCAUAAAUAUGAUCCCCAGAAUCCUCUCUGUGCCCACAUCAUCUUCUGUGGCACUAUUGUAAAGGUGAAUGAUUCAGAAGUGGGCUUAGCCAAAAAAGCAUUAUUCAGUCGCCACCCUGAGAUGGAAAGUUGGCCUAAGGAUCACAACUGGUUCUUUGCCAAAUUCAACAUCACCAAUAUUUGGGUUCUGGACUACUUUGGUGGAUUGAAAAUUGUGACACCAGAAGAAUAUUUCAGUGUCAAGCCUUAGUAGUUGAGGAAGAUCCUGGGUGAUGCUGAUAUACAAAUGAAUUGCUUUGGCUGACUCUUUCAUGAAAGCUUUAUCUUUUCUACGUAUUGUAGAGCUGAAUUAAUAAUGCAAAAGAAAAAAAAAAAACAUAACAACAACAAAAUCCUGCAUUAAUAAUGAGCUUGAAUAACUCAUGUGAAGCAAAUGUUAAUUUUCAGUGACUAGCACAGCUUGAAUCAUGUCAUACUCACAGAUCUUUAUGCACAAGCCAUAACUUUAUUUUACUUAUUGGACUUGAUUCUGUAGUUAUGAUCUGUCUGCUUACAGCCUGCAUUCAGAAAGGCUGUGUUUACUGGAAGCUGAAGGAUUAGUCCAGUUUUGCACUUUUCAAUGCCUUAGUUAAAUCAUAUAUGUUUGCAGGUACACUCAUUUUUCAUUCUUUUUAAAAUACCAGUUUGUUUUAGCACACCCAAGUGCUAAGUUCACAAUUAGCCAAAAGUGAUUUUGACUGAUUAAGUUGAUUUCACCAYGAGCAAGUAUUACCUAGCUAACUGAGUAAGAAUGUAAGAAUUCGGAUGCCUUAGUAGUAGAUUCAUAUGUAGAACAGUGAAAUUGGUCAGAUCAAAUCUGUAUUUCUUAGUAUCAUAAUUACAUUUUAUAUUCCUACUUAUCUCAAAUGGAAGGAUUUUUUGAAUGUAUUUUUAAAGCAAUUUACUAUAUUUUCAUCCUCCGCAAAAGAGAAAUAAAAGGUACUUAUUAUUAAACACAUCCUGGACAGAACUUUGUAAGUAGUUUAGGAACAACUAAGUUUGCAAUAUGGGAAACAUUUUUUUGCUGCAUAGAUAACACUGAAAUUAAACAUGAAAUCACAGAAUAUUUUUAUAGAAGUAGAACAGUUGUUGAAACACAAGUGAUCUUAUGGUACUGAUGUGAUCCUUAAAGGUGGAGACACCUGUAUGCAUUGUGUGUAACUCUGUAACUUAUGAGGUGUGAGACUAAUGAUACUGGGCUUUUAUUAAAAUAAAA